UGCAAGUUGUUUGUGCUUCUGGAAUCUAUGAUUUUUGAGUGCUUUCAUUUUCUUGUAAAUUGUAAUUUAGACUGUAAUUCUUCAUUGAAUUAUUGAAGAAAACUUUAUUUCGAAGAUACUAACAGUUUACGAUUUAUCGAACAACCUCCUUGGACCAAGAGAAUGUCGAACCAAGACGAAUCGCCUUUACCUGAGGGAUGGGAGAUGAGAACGAGUCGUUCAACGGGUAUGACGUACUUCCUCAAUAUCUAUACGAAAAAGUCUCAGUGGGAGAGACCUGAGGCACCAGCGGACGCCGGUGAGAUCCGUUGCAGGCAUAUCCUGGUCAAACAUGCAGAGAGUCGUCGUCCAUCGUCAUGGCGCGAGGAAUCAAUCACGAGAUCUAAAGAUGAAGCAUUAGAACAAUUAAAGGCAUAUCGUAAGCAGAUUGUUGGUAAUGAAGCUACAUUUGUUGAUCUUGCAACUAAAUUCUCUGAUUGUUCGUCUGCCAAACGAGGCGGAGAUCUCGGAAUGUUUAAGCGUGGACAGAUGCAAGCGCCAUUUGAAGAGGAAGCCUUCAAACUUAAAGUUGGCCAGUUAAGUAAGCCAGUAGAAACAGAUUCCGGGUUUCAUAUUAUUUUAAGAACUAUGUAAAUGUCCAAGUUUGUUUCCAUUAUUCAUCUUUGUAAUUUUUUCAAUACACAUUUAUUAAAUAAUUUAGUUUACGAACAUCAUAAAAUAAAACUAUUCAGAUAAAGAAUCUUAAACUUAUAAAAAACAACUUGGUUCCUAUUAAAUUGGGAACUGAAAUUUACUAUAAAAGACUGGUUAAAUAUUUUAUAAUUUAAAAAACAUUUUUUAUAAGUAAUGCUGGACAUAAAAAAGAUAAUAUGCCAUCCUUAUAUCUGUAACAAGUUCAAGAUGUUAUGUUAAAAAGCUUUUAAAAUAUGAUGUUUUACUUUUCUUCAUCUUUUUUUUUGAAUAGAAUAUAGAAUAAAUAAAACCAAGCAGUAUCAUUCCUAGAUCAAUAUUAGUUGGUAAAAGGGUUUCUAAAAGAAAAAAUCAAAUAAAUAUUUAACACUAGAGAAUACUGUAAUUUGAUUU